AGGAAAAGUAGGGGAGAGAAUAGAUCGAUAUUAUUAUUACUCAAUGAUGUAGGAGUACAUAUAUAUAUAUACAUGUAAUACAAUUAAGGUUUCCUUAUAAAAUAAUAAACAUAAUAUAUCUAGAAUAUCCUAGAAUUAUCAUAAGGGAAUGGGCAUCCACUAAAUACAUAUAUUAUAUAACAUUUAAAUGUUUUUUUUUUUUUGACAAAUUUUCCUAUUUAUUUUUGUUUAAUGCAAGUAAUUUUUUUCCAACAUUGUUACGUUAUUAUUCUCCCCUCGGCGAAAAAGCCCUAGUGUAAAACCCCUCUGAAAUUGACCCCAAAAUUUCCCAAACUCCACUUACAAUAAUGUCGUUCUCUAUACUUCGAUCUCGACUCUCAAAAUCAUCCGCCAUUAACACCAAUACCAAAAACCUUAACACCAUUAUCUCCCAAAGAUUCCUCUGCACAAAUCUUCCCAAAGAACCGCCUUUAUCGUCUGGUUCUUCUCAACCUAACGAAGUUCCUCCAUCUUCUCCGCCGAAGAAUUCCAACGUUUUUUUCACCGCCCUCAAAUUCGGCCUUACUGCCGCCAUUACUGGUGCUGCUGCUUCUGCUGGCUAUGCCACUUACGCAUACACAUUUGAAGAAGUAGAUGAGAAAACAAAAGCAUUCCGAGCUUCUGCAAAACAUCACAUUGAAGAUGAUGACGCAUCUUUUAUCAACAAAUUUCAAGCUUUGGGGCAUUACACUGCUGUGGUUGUGCCUGCCAAAGCAAUUGAACUUUACUUAGAUUGGAGGAGAUCUAUUGAGGAUCAAGUUCGAGGUUUCACUGAACCGUUGUCUGAUAAGCUACUUCCUGAUUUGCCACCUGGAAUGCAACAUGUAUUUACACUUGUUGUGGAUCUGAACGAGACUUUAGUUUAUUCUGAUUGGAAGCGUGAAAGGGGCUGGAGAACUUUUAAGAGGCCAGGUGUUGAUGCCUUUCUUGAGCACCUAGCGCAAUAUUUUGAAAUUGUUGUGUAUUCUGACAACUUGUCAAUGUAUGUGGACCCCGUUCUUGACAGAUUAGACGAGAAGCACUGCAUAGCUCAUCGGUUAUCUAGGGCUGCGACAAGAUAUAAGGAUGGGAAACAUUAUAGGGACCUUUCCAAACUGAACCGUGAUCCUAAAAAGGUUAUUUAUAUUAGUGGCCAUGCCCUAGAGAACUGUCUUCAGCCAGAUAAUUGUGUCCAAAUCAAGCCAUGGAAAAGUGAUGAUGUGGAUGAUACUACUCUGUUGGAUCUUCUUCCAUUUCUUGAAUUUGUAGCCCGGAGUGGACCAUCAGAUAUCCGCCAGGUGUUAGCAUCCUAUAAAGGAAAAGAUAUUCCGAAGGAGUUUAUUGAACGCUCUAAAGAGCACCAAAGGCGAAUGCAAGAACAGAAACAGCAAGGACGUUUUUGGCGACGAUGAAAUCAAAUUUAAUUUAUGCUGCUACUUAAAUAAUUUGCAAGCAUAACCAUUUUCACCGAGAUAGUUGAACACCUAGCUCAAGACAGUGAAUUCGCAAACAGUUGAUAAUUUGGCACAGCUUCAGCAUGAAACAAAUUCGGCUCUCGAUUGUUAACUAGUUAUAUUCAAUUAUAUUUUUUCAUCGCUGUACGUUCUGAGGAAAAACUGGAAAUUUUUGUUUCAUCCUGUUAGCUCCUUUACAGUUGAACAAGAGAUGCUCAGAUAGUGUUAUAGCAAUAAACUCCCUCGCUAGUGCACCCAAAUAUAGAUUAAAAUAA